UUCGCGAGGGAGUUGUAAAUUCUAAUUACCAAAAUAGGGAGACGAUGGCAGAAGCAAGAACAUACGUGGAUGCCGGUAAUCUAUCUCGGAUAGUAAUCGCAAUUGCCGCCGGAGAAGCUCACACUCUUGCUCUCACUGCUGAUGGUGACGUAUAUUCAUGGGGUAGAGGAACCUUCGGCAGGCUCGGCAAUGGUUCGGAGGUUGAUCAGUUUUUUCCGGUGAAAAUUGAAUUCAAUUUGACGGAUAAGAGAGAUAAGGUCAAAAUUGUUGGAAUAUCUGCCGGCGCUUAUCACAGUUUAGCUCUUGCUGAUGAUAGUUCAGUUUGGGGCUGGGGCUACAAUGCUUAUGGUCAACUUGGUUUCGAUGGAGAGAAUUCUAUUGUUCCAAGUUUGAUGAAGAUGCCCAUGACAGAUGGAUCGGUAACCGAGAAUGAAAAGGAACUUAAGAUUUCUUCGGUAAAAGCGGGAGGCAUGAUGUCAGUAGCAAUCGAUAACCUCGGGUCUCUUUGGAUGUGGGGCAGCUGCCCGGAACAACAAACACCUACCCCAAUAUCCAUUAACUUCCCCGGUCACACUGUCAUGAAGGUCGCCUGUGGAAGCGAACACAUCGUGGCAUUAGCCAAAAAUGAAGAUGGUAUUCUAGUAUGCUAUACUUGGGGCAGUAACAAUCACGGGCAGCUAGGCCUCGGGCACACAGAAACAAGCCCAAACCCUCAAAUAGUCGAAAAGUUCUGCCCGGAUUCGCCAUUGGCACCUUACGAAAUAGCAUGUGGAGCAUUCCAUACUUGUGUACUCACUUACAAAAAGACCGAAAGUGCUACACAAAAAAGUGUAUGUUGGACUUUCGGUCGUGGUGAUAACGGGCAGCUUGGUCAGGGAACCACGAAAAGGUCAAUGUACCCGGAAAUGACGAUCGGGCUGCCCGAGAAUUCUCAUUUUGUUUCGGUCGCGUGUGGUUUAUUCCACACGAGUCUAGUUUCAUCAUCGGGUGAAAUUUGGUCGUGGGGUAUGGAAAACGGGCUCGGGUUAUGCCCGGAAGCUACUUUUACUGAAUCCGACGGUGGAGAUGCGCUCACUCCUCGUUUGAUCAACGGCCCGAAUUUCCCUGACCCCGUUCAAGUAGCUUGCGGGGCGGCCCAUACUGUUCUUGUAGCCGAAAGUGGCUACAAGAUUUGGUCAUGGGGGCGAGGGAAAAACGGGGUUCUUGGAAAUGGUCAUGAAAAUGACCAUUUUACCCCUAGGGUUGUUUCGUGGCCCCCACAGGGGCCACGAGACGAGGAGACGGUGGUUAAGGAUGAUGGCGAGGAGAGAUUAGGGAUGGUGAUGGAAGAGAUGGAGAGGGUUAAGUCUAGGGGUUUGGUGAUGGAGCGUUAUGCGGGCUUUUUAUAUGGUUUGCUAUUUGGGAAGGUUUUUGAGGGAGAUAAGGAUAUACCGAUAUCGUUUAAGGAUUUAGGGUCGUUUGAUGUUGGGAAAGAGUGGGAGGAUAUGUUGGAAUCGUGUGAUAAAGGGAAGCUUGUGCGUUUGAAGAUGUUUUAUAGGAAUAUGCUUGAGGGUGUUGAGGAUAAGAUUAUGAAGGAUAAAGUUAAGGAGAUGAUUAAAGAGUAUAUUGGAUCAUCGGGGAGCAGCGGAAGGUAAAUCAUGUGUGGAUUUUUGCGGGUUUAUGUAUAUUUUAUACGUUUAUCUAUAUGUUGAUC